AUGACAUACGAGGGAGUGUUCUAUCAAGAGGAACAUGAUGACGUGGUCCGAAACAACGAGGAUGAUGACUUGGGUUAUGUUGACCUAGACCCAAACGACGACGACGCACGGAUUGAUGGUGAGGCAGUUGUGAAUCAAAGAGACAUAAUUAUGCUUGAAAAGUUAAAUGAAGACGCUGAUGAUGAGGAAGAGCCUCCACCUCCGUCAGACAACGAAGAAGAUAUGCGUGAUAGUGAUGAUGAGACCGGUUUGCUAAUCAUGGACAAGUCCAGCGGCGCUAGUUUCCUCAGUAAAUUUAAAGGACUUACUCGGAGUGGACGAGCCCACAAGGGGUGGCUGCGUGGUAAUGCCGGACUACCUACACCACCUUCUAUCGAGGAGCACAAGUGGCUCAUUGAACCUGUGGGGACAGAAAACUGGAUCCUUCGCGGAAAGGGCCGUAAACCGAACGGCCUUAUCACUGUCCUGUUGAAGGAGUUUUGGCCUGGCCUAUUCUGCCCACGGCCAGACAGGGACCCGCAGCAGCGGGUUUUGGCCACGAGCUGGGCCCACUACGAGGCUUGCAGCAACGCGGAGUACGGGACGACCGCUAAGGCCGUGAUCACCAAAUUUUGGCAACUCUAUAGAGUUCUUGACGAGCACAAGGCCAGAGCCGACGUGGUCUUGCUUGCGGCUGCGAAGAAGAAAGCUCGUCAGUUGCAGUACGAGGUGCGCUGGGUUGCCGUCUCGCAGUACUACCACUACUACCUGCACCAAAAGAUGACCAAAACUCAAACGCAGAAGCUACGACUUACCUUGAGCAAGGAGCAGUUCAUGAUGGCAUGA